AUGUCUCCUGUAUCUUUGCUUUCGAAACUCUUGCUAUUGCCGUUGACGCUUUCUUUUGUCAACGCUGCAUGUCCCGCUCGACUAACAGCAAUCCCUUCUCAGCUCGACAUUGUCGAUGACCCGGUGUGUCCUGGCGACCAAGGAAAAGCCGUCGUAGGAGACGACGGAACACAUUUCUUGCUUCAAUGCUGUACAAAGCCGGAUUCCAGUGCCCAGCGGCUCGGACAAGACAAGAGCACCAAUUCAAGAAAGGAUUGUGUGGACAAAUGUCUCGGCACUACAUAUCCGACUUGCGAUAGUAUCGAGUACGACGCCACCAAGAAAACCUGCACUUUUUUCACGCUGGGUGGUUUCUCUACCGUCGACGCAGGUGGAGAUUCAACUGACUGGCUCUCCUUCGUGAACCCACCGGGCAUCCCAAUGCCAGCGAACAUAACCCACAUGUGCUCUACCGAUUGUCCCGCUGCCCAUGGACAGAAAUACGUUUCCGAGUAUGGCGAGCUCUUCCACAUGGAAUGUGGCAAACGACACGGCACAGUGCCCUUCAAAGAGGAGAAAACACUGACAUACCGCAACUGUCUCGAUGGAUGCGCAAAGCUCCCUAACUGCCAGAGUGUGGACUGGUCGACCCGUACGAAAAUGUGCUAUUAUGGGAAGCACUCUGGCGCGGCACCGCUUGUAGCUCCCGCUUAUAAUAGUGCAUACUCGUUUGGAUGCGCUGGUGCCUGUGAUAAAGACGAGGAGGAUGUUUGUGGUUGUGGAAAGGGAAAAGCUGGGAAGAGUGGCUGUUCGGCUAAGUGA